GGCUCGGCCCCCGCCCGGCCCGGGCCUCCGCUCCGCUCCCGCCCCAGCCGCGUCCCGCCGAGCCCGCUGCCAACCGAGCCGCCAGCGACUCCCGCACAGCCGCGGGGGCCCGGGCGGGGGGCCAUGCCGUGCCGGAGGGAGGAGGAGGAGGAAGCCCGCGAUGAGGCAGAGGGGGAGGAGGACAACAGCUUCCUCCUGCUGCAGCAGUCGGUGACUCUGGGCGGCUCGGCCGACGUGGACCGGCUCAUCGCCCAGAUCGGCGAGACGCUGCAGCUGGACGCGGCGCAGGAUGGCCAGGCCUCGCCAUGUGCUGCCCCAGGACCCCCGCCCGCGCUUCCGCGGGUCCUGGCGGCGCUGCCGGCGGACAAGGCCCGGGCCCCAGCGAGGCGGCUAUUGCGCCCGGCGGCCUCGGCGGAGGCCCGGGACCCUGCGCCCCCGGGGGCCAUGCGCUGUGUGCUGGGGGAGCGCGGGCGCGUGAGGGGCCGGGCGGCGCCCUACUGCGUGGCGGAGAUCGCCCCGGGCGCCAGCGCGCUUCCCCAGCAGCCCAGCCUUGAGGGAUCCCCGGGGACGGGCAAACUAAGCAUCCCGCAGCCAUUGUCCGGCCGGUGCAGGCGGAGUUGGCUCCGGAACGCGGCCGCGUCCCGCCGCCUGCAACAGCGACGUGGAUCUCAGCCCGAGACCCGCACCGGCGACGACGACCCGCCCCGGCUCCUGCAGCAGCUCGUGCUCUCGGGAAACCUCAUCAAGGAGGCGGUGCGGAGACUUCAUUCGCGACGGCUACAGCUACACGCAAAGCUUCCCGCACACUCCUUCCUCGGGCCUCUGUCAGCCCCGGUGCCUGAGCCGCCUUUGCCGGGGAGCCCUCGCGAGGCCUGCAGCGACCCUGGCACUUGCGAAGGAGGGCGCAGCUCAGAACUGGGGACGACCUUCUUGUCCCUGGCAGCUAAUAACCUAAGUGGCCACAGCACCAACCUGUAGCGGGGGACCAAGAGAUUCAUCCAGGGCUUCACGCAGCUGGUGGAGGAAAAGAAGCUAAGGAAGACAGCAAAUAUUUUCAUGGGUAACUGAAGUUGAGAGCCCCAAACUGUUUGAAACCCAGGACUUAGGUUUGUUUAAAACAGAUUCUAUAGAGCGCACCGCAGGCUGUCAGCAGGACUCCUUUUUUUUUUUUGGCACGAUACGACUUGGUCGCUGCAAUUCCGCGCGCGCAGACUCUCCUGGCCAAGCGGGCGACCAUGUGGCCACGAUGCAUGCUCUCAGGAUUGGCUCAGCCCAGCUAUGGAAGGAAGGACGAUGAUCCUUGUUUUAACUUACUGUAGUUUUCAGGUCUGGUUCCUGGUCCACUUUGGGGGAGGGGGAAACAAGAGUGGACGUGAACAUUUUACAACAUCUCUUGCGGUGCUGGUUUCAAUGUAAAACAUGCUGUACCACGAGAGGACACUCUUGGGGCUGAAUAGAAGUAACCAUUUUUUGUCUGUCCCGUUUUUCAAAGGGUUGCUGUUAGCAGAGUGUUGAGGGAAAGCUGUACCCCAUGAGUGUAGGGUGGGAGGCGGCAGUGAGCAGUGUUAGAUGAUGGGAGAGUACAGCGAAGCACGGAGUGAACUCUCCUGCCUUCAAAAAAUUUGUUUUUAAAGGAGACCCAUCCCUCUUUGGGUUCAGGGUCACUGUUUCUUGGGUGUGCAUCGUGCCAUGGGACUAACCGAAUUGCCUUGCUGGGAGAAGAGCACACAUUUUUGUAAAUGUUGGAGUCCUCUAAAGGCGCUCCACCACCUCUCUCGGAGGGGCUGAGGCCGGCUCAUGCUGAGUGUCUGGGCUUCCAGACCGAGGCCACCGCCCCAGCCCCUCCUCCUGGCUUGCAGACAAACUGUCUUGAGACAGUGACCCAGUAUCACUUUUCCCCCUUGGUUCUGCUGCCCUACUCAGUGGGGUGGCGCUGAUGAUGCUAGGGGCCAGAGUAGGGGACUGGGAAAGUUACACAUAAUGGGCAGUCCUGGGACACAGUCUCACACAACCGUGAAUAAUGGGCUCUCGGGGCCAUUUGUAAUAACAGCUGCAGUUCCCUGGAUAGACAGAGUCGAUUUCCUCCUUGAUCCUCCCCCAGCUGUGCCAGCUCGCAUUUGUAAGUGAAGGAAACCUAGUAAAAGAAAAAAAAAAUGUGACCCUCCAGAUGGGAAAUUUGCAGGCUUUUGCUAUUGUAACUGUGAGGUGCUUGGAAAUACUGUUCACUCUAAGCGACUGUUUCGUUUUAGUUUUAUGGAGUCAAUGGCUUGUUCAGCAUCCGGAUGUGGCUAUUGACAUAUCUACUCUUCGCACCGGAGUGACUGAAAUUGUGGUAUUUGAUUUGUUUAUCCUGCCACACUCCAUCACUGAGAUUGGUACUCCAUUUGUUCAUCCUGCCACACUCCAUCACUGAGACUGGUACUCCAUUUGUUCAUCCUGCCACACUCCAUCACUGAGAUUGGUACUCCAUUUGCUCGUCCUUUAACAUGGACUGAAGGUUCCUGCCCUCCUUAUCCUCAGUGAUCAAGCAUUAUCAGGACAUGCAAGCCAAAUCAAUCCUUUCUCCGUGAGUCAUUGCAUGGUGUUUUACAGCAGCAUGAGAAAGCAAAGUAGGAUGCUGAGGAUGUGACUGAAUGCUGUGCUUUCCAUCAGAAGAACCACGAGAACUAGAGAUUGUAACCAGGCAAAUAUUAAACUAUCAAGGGAUUAUUUCAAACAAAAAGAAACCAUGAAUUAAGCC